AUGAACCGAAGCACAAUGCCCGUCUCCAAGUUUAGGCCCGACGCCGUGUGCGGUCCCUGCUUCACCGCCCUGACCAGCACGAUCGCGGGUCUCCUCACCCCCGCGCCCGGGGCCGCGCCACCGGCGAUCGCGGCCGCGGCGACCGCGCGGGACUGCGCCACUGUCGCGCUCGCGCGUUUGCUCGCGCAGAAUCCCGGCUUCUACCGCGUGGGCGCGCUUCUGAACCAGGCGUUCAACGGGACGGGGUGCCCGGCCGCGUCGGUCUCAGGCUCGAUGGCGAAUCCUAUUCCAGGACCGUAG